AUGUCAGGACGUGGGUCCAGCCCGCUGCUGCUGCUGCUGCUGUGCGCGCUGCUGGCGCUGGCGUGCGCACGCAGGAGUUCACCGGAGCCGCAGGAUGUUCAGGAGAAAAUCAACAGCGCCAGAUGCACGUCCAGGUGCCUCAGUCUCCACAUGACCCAGCUAACCGCUGCCUUCAGACACCUCCAGAGUGACCGAGUUCUGAUUUGGUGUGAAAACCACAGGCGCUGCACUCAGGUAAAUGACUCAUAA